GAACUAAUAUAUUUAAGAAUUAGUUCAAUGAUUAAAGCUCAAACCAUACUAAAAAGGUACAACUAAUUAAGCACACUGCACAAACCGCAUGAUAAAGCAAAUAUAUAAGUGUCUCUGUUUCCCCCUUUUUAAAUAUCAUCAUCAAAUUGAUCCCAAAUCAAUUCAAUUAAUUUCCCGUAUUAAUAACUUUCUUCUCACCGGUGACGAUGAUUCGCUACGCCGCUGGUACAUUCUUCUUCCUUGCACUCUCCAUCCUGACCGUCGCCAAUGGCCGGGAUUUGAUCAAGCUUCCUUCCGAAGCUCGCCGAUUCUUCGCCGGAUCAGAGGAGGCCAACGAUGAAGCCGGCGAUGAUUCCGUCGGAACCAGAUGGGCUGUCUUAUUGGCUGGAUCAAGCGGUUACUGGAAUUACCGACACCAGGCUGAUGUAUGCCACGCGUAUCAAAUCCUCAAACGAGGCGGUCUCAGAGAUGAAAACAUUGUCGUUUUCAUGUACGAUGACAUUGCUAACAACGAAGAAAAUCCGAGGCCCGGAGUCAUCAUCAACAGUCCACAUGGCGAGGAUGUAUAUAAGGGGGUUCCGAAGGAUUACGUUGGAGAUGAUGUUACCGUGGACAACUUUUUCGCGGUUCUCCUUGGAAACAAAACGGCAGUUAAAGGAGGUAGCGGGAAAGUCGUAGACAGCGGCCCGAACGAUCAUAUAUUCGUGUACUAUUCUGAUCAUGGUGGUCCCGGGGUGCUCGGUAUGCCUACCAGUCCUUACCUUUAUGCGAAUGAUCUGAUAGAUGUUUUGAAGACAAAGCAUGCGUCUGGGACGUAUAAGAGCUUGGUAUUCUACCUUGAAGCUUGUGAGUCUGGAAGUAUAUUUGAAGGUCUUCUUCCCGAAGGCUUAAAUAUAUAUGCAACGACUGCAUCAAAUGCAGAAGAGAGUAGCUGGGGAACUUACUGCCCAGGAGAUAAUCCUAGUCCUCCACCUGAAUAUGAAACCUGCUUAGGUGACCUGUACAGUGUUGCCUGGAUGGAAGACAGUGAUGUACACAACCUUCGGACUGAAACUUUGAGGCAACAAUAUCAGCUGGUCAAGCAGAGAACCGCUAAUCAGAAUUCUUAUUACGGCUCCCAUGUCAUGCAAUUUGGUGAUCUGAAGCUAAGUGUCGAUAACCUUUUCAUGUAUAUGGGUACAAAUCCUGCAAACGAUAAUUUUACUUAUGCGGUUAGCAACUCUCUGCGGCCGUCUUCAAAAACUGUUAAUCAACGAGACGCUGAUCUCAUACAUUUUUGGGAUAAGUUCCGUAAGGCCCCUCAAGGCUCUACUAGGAAAUAUGAAGCUCAAAAGGACCUCGCCGAAGCUAUGGCCCACCGAACUCACAUCGACAACAGUAUUAAACUUAUUGGAAAACUCCUCUUUGGAUUUCAGAAAGGCCCUCAAGUGCUGAAAACCGUUCGACCUGCUGGAAAACCUCUUGUUGAUGACUGGACCUGCCUUAAAUCUCUGGUAAGAACAUUCGAAACUCAUUGCGGUUCUCUUUCCCAAUACGGAAUGAAACAUAUGCGCUCGAUCGCCAAUAUAUGCAACGCAGGCGUAAGUAUAGAACAAAUGGCUGAGGUAUCUGCCCAAGCCUGCACUAGUUUCCCUUCCAGUUCUUGGAGCUCUCUCCACAGAGGCUUCAGCGCUUAAUAUUUGUGGUAAAUAAAAAAAUUCCGUUAUGGAGAGUAUCGAGUUUCGACUCGUUUCUAUAUAUCUUGGAUUGUUGGCCUUUAAUAUAGGCUCCUAUUUAACAACUGCUUCAGUGUACAGUUCAGAAGCAAAUUUCUGUUUAAUUGGUUUAUUUUAUCUGUAUAUAAUAAUGUACUGAGUUUCUUAUAGUUCUUGUUUAUAUUUUUUACUUGAUCCAA